CCAUUGGCCUGUUCUGCUGAUUGGUUUCUCAAUGGAGUAUCCUGCUACAAGGAAAAUAGUAAAGAUACCUGGGAAGGUGCACGACAAGAGUGUACUGUUUCCGGAGGUGAUUUAGUGAAGGUUGAUGAUGAUGAUAAUCAAAAACGAUUUUUGAUUCACUUCAUGGAGGUCACCGGUCUGAAAAAACACAACAUAGAUGUAAGUAUCGAGUCAUUAACUCUUUGAGCCUCAUGAUCGCAUGAUCAACAUGAAAUUUCGCCAUGUAAUGUUAAUGUAUUAUAAAACAUAGUAGUCACAAGAAUUAGUUGUUUAAGGACAUGACCACCAGAGGUGAAUGCAAAUGAUUCUUAAUAUUUACUCUCCCCACCGCAUCUGUGAGAAAAAUGUAAGGACAGGAAAUGGGCAUUAACUUGAGAUGUUAGGUUUUUUUAUGCAGUUGAUAGAGCACGCUUAAGGCCAGGGUAAUUAUUUAUAAGAAGAGAUUUCAAGGAGGAAUGCGGAGAAAUCACAUCUUCUGUGUACUUCGUGUCACAGACCCAAUUGAAUCAAUGAUGUAGACAGUUUUAAUUCCAUUUUCAUCUAUAUCUAUAUCUUGAAAAACGUAAAUGUUCAAAAGACCACGUUUCUCAGUUACUUUGGCAAGCUGAGCGCACAAACUAAAUUAUUAUAAAAUGCUAUACGUACAUUCCAAGCAAUGCUGGUGAAUUUGAUAGAAAACCAGUUUUUCUGCCUCUCAUCAGCUGAGACGUCUUGAUUUAAACUGCUAUCUUGAUUGAACAACGAUAUAUGCCCUUCUUGACAAAAGUUAUUAACUUAAUUUGAUUGUAAGUGAUCAUAAUUAAGUAACUGCAUACUGUCAUAUUGACAGUCUUGGCCGAGAAGUUAUCAUGAGGUUAGGCUUGGUUUUCACUAGCGCAUAAGCACAAGCACAAGCACAAGCAAAUGUGUAAGCAAGUGAAAACUGGGUCGACGUAAGCUUAUGUCGUAGCUUUGACUAGUGAAAACUGGGUCGACAUAAGCCCAAGCAUAAGCACAAGGCCGUGGACCAAUCGUAAGCCACUUUGACCCAGAUCUCAUGCGAACAUAUCAAAAGCAAUAUGGCGGUCGCUUUGUCCACCAUCUUGUUUAUCAUUGGGUUGAGGAGAGCUGGUAGCGAGAAUUGAGUCAAAAAUGCCAUUCUGCGCGUGUGUGUCCUUAUGCUUAUGCUGAGGCGCUUGUGAAAACCAGGUUUAACAAACUGAAAAAAAGCUUUUUCAAAACAUCCUUGUCACCAUGGUAAGGAUCGAAAUCUUACUUCUAAAAGUCAAAUUUAUUGUCCUUAGUGUAAAUGUAUUCUGUCCAUACCAAAUUUGAACCUCAUACCAUAACGAGUCUUGAAUGACACUCCCAUUAUCAAGCUGUUUUUACCAUCUUAAUUUAUGGUGGCUUUUGUAGUAAAUUGUUCCAUUUGAUGUUUUUUUUGUUUUCCUUGUAAUUCCUUUAUACAGCACGUAUGGAUUGGCCGAAAAGGUGAUUCAAAUUGUUGGCAAAUGAAGACAGACACUGGAGCGAUAGAAAGGGUGAAGGACUGUAACGACCAAAAGAACUAUAUUUGUGAAAUGCCAGCGUCAACAACAAGUACGUUUUCUAUCAUCCACAUCAAGAAGGUUACACUUGCACAUUAUUGCAAAAUUUAGCCCAAGUUCAAUACGAGAGCCCUGAACAACAUUAUUCUACUUAGUUAAUUGUUUACUUCAACAACCACAUAAGACGUUGUAUGAAAAUUUCGAAAAAUUGAUACCUUUUUUCCUAUUAAGCUUUCGUUUAGGAUUUUCAGGUUAAAGUCUGUCAAAUUUUAAUGAAUGACUUCCAAUUUAAUAAAAGCUCCGCCUUAAGGCUUGUCUACAAGUUAUAUUUUCACGCUUUUGCUCCAGACUUUUAGGUUAGUGACCUUGUCAGAGAUACUCGAUAGUUUUAAAGACUUCUAUUAUUCUCCAUUUAUAUUUAGGUACUGUUUGUUAUGAGUACCCUAGCAGGAAUUCCUCUGUUCCCAUUACAGUCAACUGUGCAUUUACAGAAAACCUUUGUUUCAAAUACGACAAUACAGCGGCAAACGGCGAACAAGUCACCAUACAAGGCUGUAUAUCCGCUGAUCAAUGCAGACAAUUUGAUGAUCAUCAUUUGCAGUGUUGUGAAGGACAUCUGUGUAAUAGUGGUCAGUAAGCUCAAGUAUAAUGGACGCAAAAUAGCUAAAGAUUGUUACCUUAGGUCCGCCGUGCCAUGUUCCUCAGAAACAGGGAAAACUUAGUUUAUUUUAACGAGGAUCCAUGAAGGAGGAAUAGCCAUGUUUGGCAGCGAAGUAGAUUUUAAGAACCUUGUGGACGUUUUUACAAGUUAAUGCACCUGUUUUCUUCAGCGCAUACUCGCACGCUUCCUAUGCCAUUUAUAAUGCAAUACCUUUCCUUGCAGUUAAGAACACCACGAAAUCUGAACCCGAAAAUCGGACCCGCGCCAUUUCUGAAGUCAUUUACAUCUCACUUGGUAUCACCUCCGCUUUUUUGAUACUGUCCAUGGCUAUUCUUGUCUGGUGCUACAGAAGAAAGAAGCUUAAGACUAUUGAAAGGUGUGUGUAUCUUUUAAUUUGCUAGCCACAUUGUUCGGCGUAAUUUUUUCUCUAGUUGAAGGUGUAUCGAAAAAACUUAUAAGCAAAAUUUUGCUUUCCCAGCGUUUAAUCUUAGCGCGAUGUUAUUGGUCAAAUUACAUCCCGUGGCCACUUAUAGCGUCGUGCACCCGCCAUUGACAGUUACAAAGAAAAUAAUCAAGCAUUUUGUUUUAGCCAAGGGGCUGAGGACCCAAAAAAGACAGUAAGAAAGAAGAGAUCCUGAAGAAGAAUAUCUUGAAAAAUAAAUUGAAAAUUGACUUGACUGAUAAAAAGAUGUUAUUGCGUUCGACGUCGAGAGAACGCAACCUAGACUCAACGCCCAAGAGCCUGAGCACGAACAUUCAGCACAAAGAAACUCAACUUUUGUUAGUCUGGGUGAAUUACCGAAAACGAUAGGUUGAAGGCUAAUGGCUAAAGUCCUUGGUUGACAGCUUUCUUCUGAGAUGCCUCUUUCUACCAGCUGUUUAUUUUGACAGACAACCGCUGUUGAGCCUAUCUUGGACCAAGAGAUGUCUCUCAUAUCAACACGAUAUCAAACUAUGCCCAGUCAGUGAGGUUGUAGUUUUGGAAGGCAAAGGCUGGUUUCGAGAAGCGACGUUUGACCCCUAAUCGGUAUGGAAAAUUUCGUUGUGACGUUUUCUCACUUAAGAAUGGGCUUGUGGAGCAAAUGUGUUCAGCAGUACGCCAAAGGGCAAGGGCUGGUUGAGUCGGAUGAAGCUUCAUUCAUCAAUGAAAUUACCCGUGCAUUAAAAUGAAAAAUUUCUCUUAGAUGCCGUUUACACGGGACAGGACAAAUAUUUCAACGAAUGAUUAAGGCUUUUCCCGUGCAACCCUUUUACACUGUGGAACCGUGCAAAUUCUGUAUCAAAUUUCAGUACGAUUUGCCGUUCAAAAACUUGCACUGUUCGCAAGUUCCGUGUAAACGAAAUGCGGCGUUGAGCAAGUUUUUGUCCGUUCAUAUAUCCGGAUAUGUUUAAUUUAAACGUGGUCUUAAGUUUCUUUAAACUGUCACCAACCCUGUUGUGAAUUGCCUCCAAAAUAGUCGCUAUCCAACACACUCACAGGAGGUGUUUAUUCCUUUCCUCACAGUACAGCACACUCUCAUAACAAAAUAAUUAUCUUUACUAUCUCCUAUUGUUCUACUAUUUUACUAUCAAUCACGAGGUUUUCUUUUUCAGCUUCGCUUUCAAUUCCAAAGUUCAGUGCUAUCAGGUUCUCACGUGUAAUCUAUCACUUAACACCUCUUUUAAAUCACGUGACUAAAAUCAAACAAAACUUAAAUCAUGUUUACAAAGAAUAUUGGUUAUUAUUUCCGACACUCUCCCUCUAUAUGUCUACCUUUAGGUGACAUAUGUUGCAUUAAUCUCUAGAAACCAUAUCAUACUAAACGUUCUUGUGAGUCAAAACAAUAACAGAAAACGAAAUGAUUCUCAAACUCUCUACAGAGUCGGUGUUCAAUGUUCAGUUGGCUUGCUCUUUGGCAGCAAUAUCUUGCAUUCGUACUCUCGCUGCAAUUGCAGGGUCACGGGUUGGUCUGAACUCUCGAACCUACGGAUUUAGCUGUUCCUGAGUUGUCAAAGGCGUCCGCUCGCCUGACAGUUCCAAGCGCUAGAGGUGGCUUAGCAGCGGCUCUGACUUGGAAACGGUGACAACCAUAACAGUGUUUUAUCACUCUCUUGGUCAGACGUCUGAGCCUCGGCACCCAAUGACGCUGUCCGAUCCGCGCCAUUGUUAAACUUACUCCCCCAUGCUAUGUACUGCUUCAACGAGUUUCACUGUGUAGGCGUACUUGUCAGGCAGGUAUACCGGGUAAUGUACUUGUACACGACCUCGACAUAUGAGUAUCCCCUGUUCAUUUUCUUCUAAACCCAGUCUUUGUCGAUCGUCUGUCACAUCAUCGCUUUCAAUCAAUCAAUCAAUCAAUCAAUAAACUUUAUUUACCCUCGAAUUUACAGUGUAGCACUCAAGUGCUAAUAUCUUCGAGCCAACUACAUUAAUAAAUAAUUAUAAUAAAAAGUUAAUUCUAUAUAGCAAAAAAGAUAACUAACUACCUAGACAACUAACUUGCAAAUUAUCAUGAUGUAGAAAGGUUUGCAGUUCCUGCCCUUUUAAGUAAAUUAUUGUUCCCAGUAGAUAUCAGUCGUCGAAAAGAAGUAAAAUCAGAAAUAGUGCGGUAACGGUCAGGGAGAGAAUUCCAAGAUGUUGCUGCCAAGUAACUAAAGGAAUUGAUACCAUAAGAAGUGGUCGAUGGUUUGGGCAAACAGAGCAUAUUAUGUCCUCUUAAAAAAUAGGUGCUAGAGCGUAAACGAAACAUAUCUUUUAAAUAUCUUGGAUAAUCAGAAAAAUGAAGACAUUUAAAAAUAGUGAGAAUCAUGUUUUGUAAACGCUUGUCCUUAAGGUUUGCAGUUCCUGCCUUUUUAAGUAAAUUAUUGUACUCAGAGUUAAAAUCCUUGAAAAUAAAUCGAAGAAUACGUUUGUUUAAAAGGUCCAGUUUAUCAGAAUCUUGUUUACUAGAGAAAUGCCACACCAUAGAACAAUAAUAAAAGUGAGGAAGUAUAAAUGCCUUAUAAAGACGGAGCAUGGUUUCAGUAGACAUCAGUUUGCCAAACCUUGACAUAACGCUAAACUGAUUGUUUACCUUUUUACAUAUAGAGGACACAUGUUGCUUAAACGUAAGAUCUUUAUCAAUUGUAACGCCGAAAAGUUCCACUGAGUCAUUUACUGAGAAAUUAAACUGAUGGUCAGUUUUUCCUAGUAUCAUCCCUUGGUGUUUGCUGGGAUUUGCUAUCAUUCCAUUGAUCUCGUACCAGGCAUUUGCUGAGCUAACCUCACGCGAGAUACGCCUUUCCAAAGAUACCGGAUCCGUAUCGGCGGUGUAGAGUUGACCAUCAUCUGCAUACAUAUUUAAUUGUACAGUUUUGAUUUGUAGGAAUAAAUCAUUUAUGAAAAUAUUAAAAAACAUUGGACCAAGAACACUGCCUUGAGGUACCCCUCGCAUGACUUCUUGCCAAUCAGAACUUGUAUCACCUACUUUCACCCGCUGCAUCCUACCUUGUAAGUAAUCUUUAAGAAGCAUACAACUUCUACUGUUAACACCAUAGGCCUUCAGCUUGGCCAGCAAGAGUCCAUGCGGUAUCGUGUCGAAAGCCUUAGAUAAAUCCAUUGAUAUCACUGCAACAAUUUGUUUAUUAUCCAGACUACGCUUCCAAUCUUCUGUUAACCUCAUUAGCGAGGUUUCACAGCUAUAGUGUCUCCUAUAAGCUGAGAUGUAGUCAGACAAUAUUUCAGAAUAGAACUGGUCUAGUUGAGAAGCAAGAAGUUUCUCAAAAACAUUAUUUAGGGCCGGUAAAACAGUAACGGGUCGAUAAUUCUCUUUACUCAAUUCAAUUACUUUGAAUCCCUUGAGGGCGCUUGGUCCAAAACAGGUGCUGGUUUUUAAUCUCGUCGGUCGUCAAUGGACCCAUCAUUCUUUCUUGUUUCUUCAGGCGUGAAUUCCGUAUGAAUCUGGCGGUCCAAGCGACAAUCCUUAACUCGGCAACAUUCGAGUGCCACUUGUGCAGCGUGAACUUAGCAUCUUCGAAGAUUCUUAUGGCUCCCUCUUUCUGUCGGAGAUCGUUCCCAUUCCACGAUGUGCUGACUUUGUACAUUUCACAGGAGUCACAGGACGAUUGUCUUCAUGUGGACUUUGAACGUUUCAAAUUAGCACUAUGGCCAACUUUGAGACAGAAUUUUAUGAACUUUUGAAGCUUUUUGACUCGCCCAGGCGAUAAACAUGGCAAAAAGAUCAGCAACUGCUCUUCGACUCCCAAGCUGGUCCAAGCUCACGAUUCUGCCGUGAGUCUCACGAUGUUUUAACGUCGGUCAGUGUAAAACGCAGACUGCGGACUGCAGACUGCAGACUGCGGACCAGGGGUAAAAUGCAGACUGAGUGUAAAGUGCAGACUGCAGACUAAGAGUAAAACGCAGGCUGGGGUAAAAUGCAGACCGAGCAUAAACUGUAGUCGUGGAAGGGUUUAAGGGCAAAAAAAACCGCAAAUACAUGUAAACGAACACUUACUUGAUGAUCUGCUUUCACAAAUCCAUUCCUUUCUUCUCUGGAACGUUGUCGACGACGCGAAAACAUAAUCGCAACCUUGAACCUUUUUCCUGUCCUAGAGACUUCACGCUUCAACUUUAGAUGCGAAGUUUUCGAUAUACGUGACCAGGGACCGUGAACUGAUACAACACCACGAUGUUUACGCUUAAAUGAAAGCUGCUGACCCAACAUACUGUACAGGAAGAAUUAUGGCGAUAAAAAGGGAGUAAAUCAUUCCAACAACAAAUAAAGAUGUUCUGCAGGAAAUUUGGAUGACCUUCUAUGAAAGUAUUGCAAAUCAAGGUACGCAGACUUAAGCUGUUUGGAUGUUCAUUGAAACUUCAGGCUAAUGUGCAAUGCACUUCGACUAGGAAGCGAAGUGUGUAACUGAUACCGGCUAGCUAUUUCACCGAUUUGGAGAAGAAGGAGCACAAAUGUUUAAAAAAAGUUUGCAGUCUUUAUUCUGCAUUUUACCCCAGCCUGCGUUUUACUCUCAGUCUGCAGUCUGCAUUUUACACUCAGUCUGCAUUUUACCCCCGGUCCGCAGUCUGCAGUCUGCAGUCCGCAGUCUGCGUUUUACACUGACCGGUUUUAACGUUUCUCAGGACAAGAUUCCUAAUCUCAUGGUUUUUUUAGUGAAAUAUCAUUCUGAAAUGAAAUGUUUCUUUGUUCAAUAAAAACGGAAUUGUUUACUGUUGCUGAAUCGUAAUUGAUUCUCCUCAUGCAAACCCCGAGAAUCGCAAGCUGCAAGACUAGACUUCGCGACAGUUUUGCGAGACACUUGUCGGCCAUAUGUUCUUCAAAUGCGACGAAAUGAGUUAAAGUACGGCUUUUACUAUCAAAACCAUGCUUGCUUCGUCGAAUAUAUCUGUCAAUUCUUCAUAAAUAAAGCACUACCGGCUUCAAACAGCGUCGACCGGCAGAAGUUCUUGGGCAAAAGUGUUAAAGAUGAUUAAAUUAUCAAGCGACUUCAAUAUCAGUCGUCGCGGCGCAAUAGAUAACGCGUUGACCUUCCAGGUCGGAGGUCCGAGAUUCGACUCUCGCCCAGUGGGUUAGUUAGGCACCCUUUGAUUGCCACUUGUUGUCUUUUUGCUAAAUCUCUUUCGUCCGCUUCCUUUAGAAAUGUCUCGUGCUCUUUCGCCAAAGUGGUGACCUGCUCAUGUGAUUCUCCAUUUGCAAAUUUCAGCUCCAUAAUGGAUUCUUUCACUGUGUGAGCGGCAUGCAAUUUUGACGUCAAUAGCGCUUCGUGUCUUGAUAUCGCUUCUGUGUUUUGAGAAGCUAUCACUCCAUCAUUUUUGUCUAGCGAAAACUUGAUAGACUCAAUCUUCCGGUUAAAUUCUUUCAUUAGUUCCUCCAUGGCGUUAGCCCAUGUAGGUUUGGCGUCGUUUUUGUCGCCUUGUAAGUAUACUCAGUCUUAAAAUUCCUAGCCUCCCACGCAGGCGUUUUUAGGGGAGGGAUGAAAAACGUGCUCCCCUAAAAACGCCUUUGUGGGAGGCUAUAAAAUUCACUGAUCGCGUCCGCUGUGUACUUGAAUUUCCGUAAAUGCUUUGCUCUUGUUCGAGCCAAAUCCCUGUGUGUCCCGUCGGAGGUGCCCGCACUUGUGUUGGGAAUUGCCUCCAAAUAGUUGUUAUCCAACACACUCACAGGAGGUGUUUAUUCCUUUCCUCACAGUACAGCACACUCUUAUCACAAAAUGAUUCUCUUUCACUACAUCCUGUUGUUCUACAUUUUAUUGUCAAUCACGAGGUUUUCAGCUUCGCUUUCAAUUCCAAAGUUCAGGGCUAUCAGGUUGUCACGUGCAAUCUAUCACUUAAGACGUCCUUUAAAUCACGCCACUAAAAUCAACAUGUUUACAAAGGAGAUUGGUAAUUAUUUCCGACAACCCUCCAACUUCGUUUGCCUGAAUUAAAAUUUCUUGUCAUAAAUUGGCAGAAACGCAUACGGAGAGGAAAGUCCGAUGCCCCUGUUCAAUGCGUUGUUCAUUGGUUUCUCUAUACGUCCACGUCUCCACAAAUAGUCGUGUACAAGCCAAACGUCUUAGCGCUGGUAUGUUUUUCAGGUUGAAAAUAUGGUGCUUAAACUGAUAAUAGCCACCGCUAUCAUUACGAUUACUCACGAGCGCUUUUUAAUUAAUAACAACCUUAAUUCAGCUUUUAUUAUGUCCCUUUUCUCCAGAUCACCUGAUUCACAACCCUCUGAUAAGUGGGAAAUGCUGCCUGAGCAAAUAGAGUUCGAGGGAGAGCUAGGGAGAGGAGAGUUUGGUGUUGUUUACAAAGCAACCGUUAGAAAGAGGGAUGAGAUGGAGGCGUUGGUCACUGAGACUUCCAAAUGGCCUUCAUCAUCCACGAAGCCGAAGGCACCACAGGUGGUGGCUGUCAAAGUUUUACAUGGUAAGAAAUAUUUUAAUCUACAAGACAAGAGACAAAGCCGUAAGCGAUAAUUGAAUUUGUAACUUAUUUUCAGUUGUUUAUAUGCAACAGCAACGAAUUCUUUUAUAUUUCUUGUUUGGACCUUUCUGAGACCCCAACAGAAAAUCAGUCGAAAAAAUCCAAUUUUUUUAAUUUCGUUUGGUUAAGUUCUUGUUAGUAUUGUUGUUGUUGUUGUCGAUUAUUCUUUUUACCACUGUUCUCCUUCGAAAAACAACGGCUAAGGCCUGAGGGUAAAUAGCGUAGGGGUUCAAGGUAGCAUGCCUCACCCACCCUGACUGUUCCAGAUAGAGCAUCCCCUCCAAUUAAGGCUGCGAACUAAGAAGAUGGGGUGGUAAAGUGACUAUUAAACUGAAAUGCACUUAGAAGGUAGAAUCUACCUGUCCUUUUGUGCAUAGGAGGAUGCGUGCGAUAAAAAGGGAUGAAUAUCUGUCAUGCAAAUGAAACUCUAGCACUGAAAUAAUAUGCUGUCACAGGAAGAAUGAAGAAGACAUAAUCAUUUUAUCAAAUUGUCUUUAGAUGAUCCAUCUGAGGCACAGAUAGAAGAGUUCACGUUUGAGAUUGAACAAAUGAAACUGUUAGGCUCACAUAAGAACGUUGUAUCCAUGGUUGGAUGCUGCACGCUUGAAGAGAAAAUGUUCCUGGUCAUAGAAUACGUUCCGUGUGGUGACCUUUUGACGUGGCUUCGCCGCAGAAGAAAAAAGGUAAGAAAAUUAUUGCAGCGUGUUCUUGUGUUCUGAAAGGAUAGACCAUCACUUUUUAUGACUGUAAAAUCAUGUAUUGGGACUAUUGCAGAUUUACAUCUGCGAAGAUGCCAAUUUCAUACCCGAUAAAGUCCUUGUUAUUGAAAUCAUAAGGAUUUUUUUAAAACUUUUGUUACAAAGAGAAAAUACUUUCUCUCGAGAUUACUCAGUGCUUAAGGGAAAAUAUUUCAACAUUAUCAUAUAUCUGACUGGAUUUGAUGCAAGGUGCCUGCACUCAGUCUACUGGACAGCCAAGUCCGAGGAGCAAGAACUCAUCCUCACCACCCAUGAAACUCACUCCCCCCAAGCUCUGCUAGUAGUGUUGCGAUUAUGAGUCACAGCAUUUAUUUGGCUGGGCUAGCUUACAGGGAAACUUCCUUGACUUUGAACUGCAUUCUGGCUUGAUAAUCUAUCAAAGUGACAAAAUCUCCCCUACCUACCCCCCUACUUUUGACACAAAAAAGCCAGCCACCCACCCCCUAUAAGGUCUGGGCCUAAGCUCUGUGAUAAGCUCUCUGGAUAUUUUUGGACUCCCUGGCUUGAUGCCCGUGUUCAAGCGAAAACUUUGCGCGGACUUUUAAGCAAAGUCACACAGAUGUAUUGGUCUUUAUUUGUUCCGAAACUGAUAACGUUGCUUGCUGGACGUCUAGAUCAACGAACUUAAAGCCUCCGAGAGAUCAUAUGCUGACAAAGAGGUUCUGAAAGAUCAGGAAGAGACCAGAGAUAAGGUAGGCUUGUUAACAAAAUGUUUUUUUUUUUAAUCCCUUUUUGUUUGACCCUGAUAUUUUUUCUAUUCUUCAAAGUCCCCAAACCGUUUGUUGUUUGUUCCCUGUGUCUGGUUGACGACUCAUUGUACGUAAUCAAAGACUUUAUUAAGGGCGCUUUCCAAAAGUCAGAACUGGCCGGCCAGACCAUAGCCGGCACCAGUCAUUUUGACAAUGAAAAAUGCUGUUUUGCAAGAGCUUUUGUUGAAACACCAUUUCCUUUGUGCCUACUAUUUGGGAUCUGAAUGAUGGUUUUGAUUAAAAGUGAAAUUCUCAUUAUGACUGGAAUUGUCUGGCCGGUCAGUUCUCACAAAUGGAAAGCGUCUUAAGACUAUAUAAAAUUAUUAAGACACGGAAAUUGUUUCCAUGCUUGUAAAAAUCACCAAAAUUUAAGUUUGUUUGAUGUCUUUUUUAUGGGGUGCUAUAAGAGGGAAAGUGGAACACUCUUAUAGGGUGGAUUGAACGGUCUUUCCUUCGUCGUAGCAAAAACAAGCAGCCAAACGUUUGAAGGAAACGGCAAAGGAAGAGCAGGCUCAGGUCACCAUGGAAAUGAUCUCAUUGCGCCAGAGUGGCGACCCAAAGGACAUGGCGUCAGCCACUCACAGUCUCCCUGAUGUAAGCAUUUUAAUAAACACACUCAAGCCACAAGCGGCCUUGUCUCCAUCCUUGGAGGCCUAGGGGCAGUCAGGUGGUUCGGGAGAAAACGUUUGAGCCCCUGUUUACGGACUCUCACCAGACCAUUCUCAAACAAUCCAGCGAGUACUGACUCCUGAUUGGGCACAAAAAAAAUGCUUUGCAUUAUUUUGCCCAAUGGGCGAACAGGGGCUCCUAUUUUCUUUUCGUGCAUUCGUACACGACGGCUAUUAUCUCGCCAUACUUGUCCGGUUCUUUCACCAAGGUUGGCUGUGCAAGGGGAAUCUUGGCUUUUCCUACUUUGCCCCUACCAGAAACGGAGGAACAACUGAUGAUUUCGGAAGACGUUUCAGAUGCUAUCAGCAGGACCGUUCCAAUUUUCUCCGAGACCAUUCUGUUACAAGGUAUCGUAAAUGAUAUUUACGAUGGCGUGAUCGAUAAGGAUCGAUGCAAGCUUGAAUACGUGUUUUAAGCUCAAGUUUAUGUUUUUGGAUAAGCAUCUUUUAAAUACCCUUACAUACGUUUCCAAAUUUAGUUUUCGGGUAGACAGUUGCAGUUUUUUGAAUUCAUGGACAGGUUUUAUAUCGAACUGAAACUUUCCUGACAGCGUGUAUUUCUUUGGUUCAAGAGCCAAACAAGUAUCAUGAUGGCGAAACAAUAGCUGUCGUCUACGAACACACGAAAAGAACUCGGGAGAUGCUGUUUAUCGAUUGGGCUCAAUAACACAAAGCAUUCUUUGCACACAAUCAGCUUGACCGUUUGAAAAUGGUUUAGUAAGGGUCGGCACCCAGGGGCUCUUCCGCCCUUUCUUGAAAACUAUUUUUGCCGCGCCUUUUCUCACGACCCGAGUGACUUCCUCUUGCUCUCCGAAGAUGCCUUGUCUCGCGAUACGAAGGGUGUAACAUGAUAUAUUUCAUUCCUAAGAGCAUAGGGCGAAGCGAAAGGUGACGUUUCGGUGACUGAAGAGAUAUCACGUAACGAAAGACUAUUGUUAUUGAAUUAAAUGUCGUGGGUUUUGAAGAACGGUAAAUAAAAUUUCCAUCUUAUUUCAGUGGAACUUUAAAUGAACAAAUUCAACUCGUCUCUGUUCUUUUGUCAGUCGAAUUACAUAGUUUUAGCACAGGUACCCAGAAACUCAUGGAAGAUAACUAUUAGUGCAUAAGAUUUUAUAUCAUGAUUUAAAUUGGAUCUUUAGAAAAUAAAAUAGUGAGAGGAAAAAGGCAGUAGUUUGCCUAAACUUGUGUGAUAUUUUAAAUUUUAGUUACAGACAGUAGUUUCUAACAAUGUAAUGUUACAAUUUCCCUACAUAUAAAUUAAUCUCCUUUUUUUAAAAAUCAUUUAGCAUAGGUUCGCCUUUAGUAAUGAGGCUGUGGACGGUCAACAUUCUGCACACAACGAACAAGUGAACAUUGCACAGCAAAGCGACAAAGAUGUUGAAGUGAUUCCCUCAACUUCCGCUAAAAAUCAAGUAAGAAGUUUUAUAAUUAUUUACCACUACAAGUAAUGCGGGUAUGGGUAUGCGGGUACUUGGUGUACUUCGUGCAUUUGGUACCUCAGGGUCAUAAACGUCCCUACCCUGCAAUGCACAGUUCCGGGUAGCCCUUGGGAAAGGUGUAGCACCCGUUAGCCAUGUCAGGGUCACGACACUGUUGCCUGGCAGUCAGGUUUUUGUUUUUGCCACAGGCUAAGGGAGCCACCCCUACAGAAAACGAGCCCACCGCUGGAAGGUCUGGCGCUCCUCCAGCAUCCCUUGCUGGGAUUUGUCUCAGUGAGCCUAGCAAAACAUUGAUUUGAUAAACACUGCAAACUUCCCUACAUACUUGCUCGGUCCUCUGCCGGAUAAACAAGGGCCGCGUCCCCCAGUGAGCAACCAGGUUGGAGUUGAUAAGUCAGCUACUGGAAGCCUCUUAAGAUGCAAGAUAAACACUGUGGUGUCAACUUUUAACAUCCGUUCACUCAACUCCAUUGAGAAGAUUGGAGAGCUUACCGCGCUGGCAGAGGAGAAAGGAAUAUCUGUUGUUUGUCUGCAGGAACAUCGAAAAUUUCACGAUAGUGCGCACGUGCACUAUACUGAUGUCGGCAAAGGAAGAAUCUUGGCCAAUUCCUCGUGCUGGAAGAAGUCCAUGAACAGUUGCGUGGAAGGAGUGGGUAUGCUACUAAGCCUCUCUGCUCACAACUCCCUAGAGGGCAAUAUUGUAGUAGUGAAUAGCCGGAUCAUUGUGGCAAACUUUAGUGGCAACCCUGCUACUACCAUUAUAUGCUGCUACAGCCCAACGAACUGCUCGGGUGACAGCGAUGCUCUAGACUUCUACAACACACUCUCUGAAGUAAUAAAGAGGCUACCUGGACAUAACCUUAAGAUCACAUUUGGUGAUAUUUGAAUGCACAAAUCAGUCCCUUAGACUGUAAUGGGCUUAGCUUUGGGAAAAAGACGUUUAUGUUGGAUAUGGUAAAAUGGUUGCAAAGCCCGACUUGAUGAUAUACUGCUGGUAAACAGGAAAUAAUGGAACAGUGUCAAAGACUGUCAGGCAUAUGACUCUUUCAGUACAGUAUAUUCAGACCAUAAGAUUGUCGUAACUAAACUACGCCUCAGUUUGCUAGCCAAUGGGAAAACAACUGGCAAAACGUACCAGUUUUAACUGGCGUUGUUUUAGCACCAGCCAUUCCGUAAGAGAGGCUUAUACUGUGGAAGUUAAGAAUCGCUUUGAGGCCCUGUACUAGAUUAAGGAAAAAAACACUGUGAACGAUCUGUAUACUUCAAUGAUCGAGGCCCAAAUGGAUGCAGCUUAGAGAAGUGUAUUCCUAAGAAGAAACGAGUGAAAAAAAGAGUGCCCUGGAAGAAAGAACUUGUCAAGGAGAAAAGGAACGAGUUGAAGAAAGCCUAUUUGAAAAAUGUCUCUCCAACUCUGACAAUGCGAACUACCUAAAACAAACGAAAGAGGAACUUCAAGCUGCAUAUGACAGCGAGCAAGUGGAAUAUCUGGCCCAGAAGUGCGCUGAGAUUGAGAACGCUGCAGUGCAGCAUCAGGCAAAAAGAGUAUGGGAUACUAUUAAUGAGAUAACGGGAAGGACUUCGUCAGCUACAGGUCGUCUUAAAGGCAAAACUGCUGAAGUGAGGCUGGAAAAGUUGAGGGACCAUUUUGCCACACUCUUAGGCCAACCAGUGGCCGAAGACAGGAACCCAGUUUGUAUAUUGUACAGGAUACUAUUCCGAUCAGCACUAAUGCCUACACUUUCGAAGAACUCAAUACCAGCAUCAACACAUUUGCCAACAAUAAGGCACCUGACAUAGAUGAAAUCCCGGCUGAAGUAUAGAAAAGUGGCUUACUCAAUGACCAGUUGCUAGACGUGUGUAAUAUGAUGCUUGAAGGUAGCGGAAAAUCUGAGCUUUGGUCCAAGAUCAUUAUAAACCCUGUACCCAAAAAAGGGCGAUCUCAGUGAACCUCAUAACAAACGUGGUAUUGCACUAAUUCAAACAGCAGCUAAGAUCUAUAAUAGAGUGCUUCGUAACAGGAUCCGCCCCUACUUAGACCCCUUCUGCGCACAAAUAAAAACUGGUUCCGACCAGGAAGAUCAACAGUUGCUCAGAUAUUUACUCUUCGAAGAUUGGUAGAAGGCAUAUAGGCCAAGAAUCUAUAACAGCAGUUCUUACCGUUGUGGACUUCAAAAAGGCUUUUGACUCGGUGAACGGAGACAAAAUGUUUGAAAUUCUGAAGGCUUACGGCAUCCUAAAUCGAAUAGUCUUGGCUAGAGCGUCGAUGUAUUAUAACACUGAAGCCAUAGUUUGCUCACCUGGUGGAGAAACAGAUUUCUUUGCUUUCCAUGCUGGAGUACUGCAGGGUGACACGUUAGCUCCGUUCGUGUUCAUCAUAGCAUUAGACUACGCAAUGAGAUCCACAAUUGAAGGCUACGAAGACCUUGGAUUUACACUGACUGAGAGAAGAAGUCAUCGCUUUCCCGCAGUUAUGAUCACUGACACAGACUUUGCUGACGAUAUCGCAUUGAUUUCAGAUAACUUGGAUAAAGCCCAAUCACUGCUAGAGGGAGUUGGAACUGCUGCCACAGAAGUUGCUCUGCACAUUAACACAGGCAAGACCGAACACAUGGCCUACAACCUCCGACACAGGGCGACCUUACUACCCUAGACAAUUCAAAGCUAAGAGAAGUGGACGAUUUCAAGUACUUAGACUCUUGGAUAGAUCAAACGAAGAAAGACUUCGAGAUCCGUAAAGGAAAAGCUUGGGCCGCUGGCAACAAACUAACAGUGGUGUGGAAAUCAAACUCAACAGAGAUUCGAGGAUACGUUUCUUUAGAGUUUCAGUUGAUUAUGUUCUGUUGUACGGGUCAGAGAGUUUGACAUUGACUGCUACACUGGAAGAACAAAUUGAUGGCUGCUACACAAGGCUGCUACGUGCUGCUCUAAACAUAAGCUGGAGAGAUCAUAUAUUAAACGAGGAGCUCUACUGGAAUCUGCCUCCAAUUUCAGCAAGUCUCCAGAUAUGUCGACUGCACAGUUUAGUGCAGUGCCUGAUCCAGACCUUGAGAUAAGGGGGGAGCGGUCAUUCAGACCCUUAGAUAAGGGGGGGGGGGCGAGAGCCCGAAAUAAAUAGACAACUAUUUUAAUUUUUAGUUUCGACUAAAGAAGAACGCAACAUAAUAGUCGCUGUAGGUUCCUGUUACCAUAGCCGUCAUGCUACUUUCGUCGUUGGUGUACUACUUCUACGCAUGCGCCUUCUUGAAUUACGUCACAACUUCUCGUUUCAAUGCUAUUUUAGUUGUAGACUCGACACUGACCGUGGCUUCCUAAGUAAACUUCGUACGGUGAAGUCACCAGGACUUUCUUUAACUGUCGUGGUUUAGUUCAUCCCAGACAUUUUGAGAACAGACUGCUAAAGGGAGGAUACGUGUUUGAUAGCUUAAACCUGCCACUUUUAAGCUAAACACAGAGAAACUUCAUGAUUGUCAAUUACGUCUGCUUGGUUAAACACCUGUUGUUGUACUCACAUUUAGCUCAAACACUUUGUCAGUGUUUUUUCUUUGAGAGUGAUUAAUAGUCAUAUUGUGCCGACCCUGACAUCAAGGCAACCCUCGCAACAAACCUGAAGACAAGAACGACAGCCUACCGACUGAAAAUAAUGCAAUGAAAGCCUGGGGUAACUUUAGAGAUGCAGCAUUCGAUUUUACAAAUUACCACUUGAACAGAAAGAGCGAAAACACCAGGACUUAUAUGAAACCAACAACGCAGAAAAAGCAUGCCUUCUGAAGCAAUAGCAGGAAGCAUUUACCAAUUGGCUUUAAGAAAAGACCUCAACUGCCAGGCCCGAUCGCCUCACGCACCUCAGAAAAAAAGUCCCAACUGAGCUGAGACAGAUGAAGGAUAAGUGGUGGCAACAGAAGGCUGCAGAGCUGGAGCAACAUUGAGACGUGCACAACUUUAAGAGGUUCUUCGAGGGCUUGAAGACUGUAUAUGAUCCCUCUUCCAAUGCCAUGGCUCCUGUCCCAUCUUCUGAUGGACCCUGCUUACAGGGAAGUCUGAUAUCGUUCAAAGUUGGUGUAAAAUCUUUAGCCAACUUCUCAACAGAUCGACCAGUGAGCCAUCCAAGAUAUGCUUCAGCGCCCGGUUCUAAGCUCUCUUGACGAUCCCCCAACUCUGAAGGAAACCCAGAAAUAAAAAUAAGCAGCUCCAGGCUGGGAAAGCACCUGUUGCUGAUGAGAUACCUCCAAAAAUCUUUAGGGAGGGAGGAGAGGUCAUCACCGUCAAGCUCACUGAGUUGAUGCAGCAGUUUUGGGUCAAGGGCUCUGUGCCUAGGGACUUCAAGGACGCCAACGCCAUCCACCUGUACAAGAACAAAGAUGACAGAGCAUCCUGUGACAACCACAGUACAAAGGCAUCUCGCUGUUGAGUAUUCAAGGAACGAUCAUGGCACACAUCAUACUAAGCUGUAUCACACACCAUCUCCUGGAUGAUUUUCGUCUCCGAGAGUCAGUGUGCCUUCAGGAGAAACAGAGGGACAAUCGACAUAAUAUUCACCGUAGGAAAGAUCAAGCUAGGGAAAGUGUCGCGAGCAGAAUCCGAGCCUGUACAUCCUCUCUGUGCACCUGACCAAGGCCUUUGAUACGGUCUGUUGGUGGGUUGGACGUGUGGUUUGAAUGGAAGACACGCACUUCCCGAAGAUGUUCUUCUUCUCUGAGGUCGCCAGCGGUACACGUAGCAUUGGACACCCACUAAAGAGGUUGAAAGACAGCCUGAAACAAAAAACUGAAUCGAAUCCCACUCUUAGAUAGCAAACCUUCGCCACACGUCGCAACGCCUGGAAAAUGGCCGUCCACAAGGGCUUUUAAGGCUUUGAAAAAAGGGGCUGCAUAGUUUUUAUCAGACCUCGCUGUUGGCCGAGUUAUAGUAGCGCGUUAGCUACGUAAUAGCGAUUGAGUCGAUCUAUACGGUUUCUUCGAGUUGUUUAAGCUAGACCAUUAAUGAUUUUGUUUUUAAAUUUUCGUAAGGAUGGGGAGUGGAAAGUAAAGGACAAAGAACUACUAAGCAGCCAACAGGUAACAGGAAAAAGUCAAGCGAAGCCUUUAACCGCCAUGCCAACUGUAAUCGAAAGCAUACACGAGGAUGUCAGCAGUGAUGAAGAAGACGAGGAGGAGAACUUUCGAACCAAACAACUCUUUUUAUUUGCUUGGCAAAUAGCUAAAGGAAUGGUAAUUACUAUAUUAUUAUUUUCUGAGAAACGUUUCUUCCAUUCAGGUUUUGUUUUCAUCCUUCAAAGAUCGUUGUCAAAGACUAUUCCACAAGCAAGAAAUAAAGGAUAAAUAAGUUAAUUUUCUAGAUGAUUAAUUGUUUUUAGAGGAGAAAUUGUCAUGGUCGAUCGAACCAAAUUCGGCAUGUUUUGUCUGAACUUUAAUCAGCCGUUUAGAUCAGUUCAGUUGUGAUAUUUUACUUUUGAUCAUUGGCUCCUAUAAUUUUCACGCCUUCACCCAUGCCUUCUUAGGCAAUAGUAGCCCCGUAACUUAAGUUUUAUAGUACUUUUUUUUGUUUUCUCUUUCCUUCUUAAAAUUAGAAUCAUCUCGCCGAAAACAAUCUUGUUCACAGAGACCUUGCUGCCCGUAAUGUUCUUGUUGGCCAUGACAACCAAAUCAAAGUGUCAGACUUUGGGUUGAUGAGACAAAUCUAUGAAGAUGUGAGCAGCUCAGCGAAGUCCAAAAAACUUCCUGUAAAAUGGAUGGCCCCCGAAGCACUUUAUCAAGGCCUUUACACCACCAAAAGUGAUGUGUGAGUAUAAAAAAAAUCCCACUCUUUUAAACACAUUUCGAUAAAUUACUGCUCAGAAAACCUCAGUCAGCUUCCCUAAAAGUCGUGAUCAGCGAGUUUAUUUCAAACCGAUCCAGAAUUUCAGUGGUUAUAGCGGCUGUUUUCGUACUUGUCACUAUAAUUUCGACUCGGGACUACAUAGUUUGCAUAUAAGUCCUGAGCGAGAGCAGCGUCUGCUGAAUUCUUAAUUCGGAGUGUAUGUAAAGAUCACUUAGUUACGAUUAUGCGGCAAACCAGUCACCUAAAUUGGUAUUCUUUUCCGAUCCCUACUCUAUUAGCCUUGCUAGGCCAUUGGCUAAGGGCUUUAAGUAGCUGAGGCCUGCUGUCAUAGGGUUCAGUCAAGGGCGAAGGCAUGGAAAGGUGGAGAUACGCCCUUUCGCCUUAAGUUCAUCAAGUAAAAAGAAGAGAAGAAAAGUAAUGUUCAUGCAGUGGGCAUAUUCAUUAAUUUAGUACUUUUCUCUAUAGUUGGUCUUUUGGUGUUGUUCUUUGGGAGAUGGCUACAUUGGGUGAGUAGACCGACACACACUAAUCAUGUAAACUUCCAAGGGGAGGGGAAUCCCAAGAACUCUCCUCCCUGUUGCCACGGGGUAUAUGACUUAAAUUGUGCGACUGAUAUCAAAGGACGACACUAGGACUUAAAGAGUGAGUCCUUAUUAAAUAAGGUUAUUGUUACCAGGAAACAGGCUGAUACCUGAUGACUUUUAUUUGUGGCAAGCUAGGCACUUUUGUUUUGAACUAGGCUCUAUGUCUGAUAAGUAAUAAUCGGCAUCAAAUAUGCACGCAUUAGUUGUUUUCUGGAAAGAGGAGCCUUAUUACUAAACACCCUGUUUUCUUUGAAGACACAUUUCAAUGCAAUUCUGACCCCUGCUCAAUCACUAUUCUAUUGCAAAACGGCAUUAUUGAGUGCGGGGGAAUGAGAGUCGUCGACAUUGACAUUUCCAGUAGAAAGCUAUCCAGGGGAAUGAGCCGUAUUUUCAAAUAAUAACAUGUAUAUUUUUUCUUUCGCAUAACGUGAUCAGGAGGCGUACCAUACCCUACGCUGACCAACUCAGAGUUGUAUCGACUGCUUGGCACUGGUUAUCGCAUGGAAAGGCCUGACAUGUGCUCCGAUGAUGUGUACGUUUCUUGUUCAGAGUCGUCUUAGAACUGACAAAAAGAUUCGAUCUUUCCGUGCGUCUUUUUAGUUAUAAAUAGCCUUGAAAGUUGCAGAGGACAAGUCGGUUUCGAUUUUGACGUUUUCUUUGAUCAAAGCGAUUACUGAACAGACAGACGGCAAAAUCUUAGCUUAAAUAUUUGUUUCUUACAGUAAUAUGAUAGUGUUAUUUAACAAAGAUCGACAAAGCAAGAAUUAGCCUGCGAGCAAGCUCUCCAUUUGGGCGAGGAAAACGAACCGCGCGAGUACGCGCGAGCGGGGGGCCCCUCGCUGUCGUGUUUCCUCUCGCGUGUCGCACGUGCGUGUACUUGAGGAGAUCCCCCAAAUGGAGAGCUUGCUUGCAGGCUUGGCAAAAAACCGACAAGCCUAAUGAUCCAGCGUGAGUGGCUCCCAGCUGGUCAAAAGGAAACCUCUUCCACUAAAUCGGAAAAACGGUGUCUAUACAUGUAAUAAUGGAUUGGAACUCUGACUAACUUCAAUUGGUUUGUUUUUUUCUUUUUUUGUUUUUUUUUUGUCCAUAACAGAUAUGAACUGAUGGCUGACUGCUGGAAAGAGGAACCUCGCUCUCGUCCCAGUUUCUAUCAACUGAUCGAAAAACUGGAGUUGAUGAUGGAGAGGGAUGCACCAUACUUGCAUCUAAACGAACACAAUGAAGAUCGUCCAUAUUACAACGUGCCACCUGAAGCUAGUGAUGAUUAA